GACUGCCUUAUAAAUAUAUACAUAUAAGCGCGCUCCCUCGAUUUCAUUCGCUAUCGAGACGUGAAAGAAAGCAGACGUGCGUCCGGGUACUAUGCGAAUUGCAGAUUACAAACAUAUAAACCAUAAAUACGCGUUUUAAAGCCAGCUUCGCAAGACAAUUAACCAGCAAGCCCAACUGAGAGAGGAAAAGCACGAAAAUGCCGAGCCCAACAAAAGCAGCGGAGGCAGCAACUAAGGCAACAGCAACAAGUGACUGCAGCUGCAGCGCUGCCAGUGUUGAGCAGCGCGGCCCCAUAAACGCGGCUAACCCCUCGUCCCCACUAGCCACUAGCGGUAAAAUUGGCGGCAAAACACAAGAUCAAACGGCCGCCAUUAACAAGCAAAAGGAAUUUGCCGUGCCAAACGAAACCAGUGAUUCGGGCUUCAUCUCCGGCCCGCAAUCCUCGCAGAUCUUCCCCGAGGAGAUAGUCCCCGAUAGCGAGGAGCAGGAUAAGGAUCAGCAGGAGUCGGCAACCCAAAAGGAACAGCCCGUUGUCCUUGAUUCCGGUAUUAUCGACGAAGAAGAGGAUCAGGAGCAGGAGAAAGAGGAGGAGGAGGAGCACCAGGACACCACCACUGCCACCGCCGAUUCAAUGCGACUCAAACACAGCGCGGACACAGGCAUCCCACAAUGGACCGUCGAAAGCCAUUUGGUCAGUCGCGGCGAACAGCUCAACAAUCUCGGCCAGAGCAGCAGCAGCACCCAAAUCACCGGCCGCAGCAAGGUCCAAUCCUCCACAGCCAGCACGGCGAACGCGAAUCCUUCGGGAACGGGAGCAACAUCAUCCGCUCCGCCCAGCAGCAUUAAUAUCAUGAACGCCUGGGAGCAGUUCUAUCAACAAAACGACGACGGCGACACACCUCUGCACCUGGCCUGUAUUUCUGGAUCAGUGGACGUAGUGGCGGCCCUGAUUCGCAUGGCUCCUCAUCCGUGCCUGCUCAACAUCCAGAACGAUGUGGCCCAAACUCCCCUUCAUCUGGCCGCUCUUACUGCCCAGCCCAAUAUCAUGAGGAUACUUUUACUCGCCGGAGCUGAGCCCACGGUGCGCGAUCGUCAUGGAAACACAGCCCUCCAUCUUUCCUGCAUCGCCGGAGAGAAGCAGUGCGUCCGUGCCUUGACAGAGAAGUUCGGAGCCACGGAAAUCCAUGAGGCCCACCGACAAUAUGGACACCGAUCCAACGACAAGGCGGUCAGUUCCCUGAGCUACGCCUGUUUGCCCGCCGAUCUGGAGAUUCGCAACUACGAUGGAGAACGCUGUGUGCAUUUGGCCGCCGAGGCGGGACACAUUGAUAUCUUACGCAUUUUGGUAUCCCAUGGAGCCGAUAUUAACGCCAGGGAGGGCAAAUCGGGUCGCACACCACUGCACAUUGCGAUCGAGGGCUGCAACGAGGAUCUGGCCAACUUCCUGCUCGACGAAUGCGAGAAGCUGAAUCUGGAAACGGCCACCUACGCCGGAUUGACGGCCUACCAGUUUGCGUGCAUCAUGAACAAAUCGCGGAUGCAGAACAUCCUGGAGAAGCGCGGAGCGGAGACCGUAACGCCUCCGGACAGUGAUUACGACAGUAGCGAUAUCGAAGAUCUAGACGACACGAAGAUGUACGAUCGCUUCGGUGAUCCGCGCUAUUUUGUCAGCUACAAUGGUGGCAAUCCCAUGACAGUUGCCUGAAUGCCCAUCCAAUCUGUACAUACGAUUUAGACUAAACAUACACAUACCUAUGAUUAACACAACUUGAAUUCCCGACCUGGUUAUAUCGAUGUUCCCAGAAGCACGCCUUUUCUGCCCAGAAUUGUAUGCAAUAUUAUUCCUAGACACACGUUCUCAAAACGCAGCCAGGAAAUUGGAACUUAAUGUACUUACUGCCCCGGUACGUGGGAAUCCGAAACGAAUUGAAUUCCUUGUGUUAACGCAAAUUGUUUAGAGCGAAAUAAAGCAUACAAGGAUGCAGAA